GGUCUGCAAUUCCACCUUCAGCUUCUGCUGCUGAUAUGCUGUCCUAUAACUAAUCAAUCACCAAGCAAGAAGAACGACCGUAGUGAUCGACAUAAGCAGAUCAAUCUAUCAGCAGCCCCGGUCGGCCAGCCAUGAUCCAUCUCAAGCAACCCAUAGUGCUCUCCGUGCAAUGCAACAACGUUGCCUCGCCGCUCUUCGCCACGGCGGCGGCGGCGAGCAGCCAGCAUAGGCAAGCCUCUAGCGCUUCACGCCGGCACAGAUCGCACAGGAUCAGUUGCGGGUCGACCGACGAGGCAGCCGGCGUGUCGACGUCAGUGACGGCCAAAGAGAGGCCGCUGACUGUGACGGCCAUCAUUAGCGCUGAGGCGCCGAACUCCGUGUACGUCUCCCGGGGCUUCGACGACAUCCAGGACCUCUUCGGCAAGACGCUGCUCCUUGAGCUCGUUAGCUCCGAGCUCGACCCCAGGACGGGAAUGGAAAGGGAGAAAGUGAAGGGGUUCGCGCACAUGACGCCGAAAGACGGGACGUACGAGGCCAAGAUGUCUGUGCCCGCGUCGUUCGGACCGGUGGGAGCGGUGCUGGUGGAAAACGAGCACCACAGGGAGAUAUUCAUCAAGGACAUCAAGCUCAUCACCGGCGGCGACGAGAGCAGCGCCGUCACCUUCGACGUCGGCUCGUGGGUGCACUCCAAGUUCGACGAGCCUGAACCGCGCGUCUUCUUCCCCCUCAGGUCAUACCUGCCGUCGCAGACGCCGCCCGGGAUCGAGGCGCUGAGGAAGAAGGAGCUGGAGACGCUACGUGGCGACGGGCAUGGCGAGCGCAAGAUCCACGAGCGCGUCUACGACUACGACACCUACAACGACCUCGGCGACCCCGACAGGAACAUCGCCCACAAGCGCCCCGUGCUUGGCACCAAGGAGCGCCCCUACCCUCGCCGGUGUCGCACCGGCCGGCCCAUGACCCGUUCCGACCCGGAGACGGAGAAGAGGAGCUCGCAGGUGUACGUACCACGUGACGAGCAGUUCUCGGACGUCAAGGGGCGGACGUUCAGCGCGACGACGCUACGGUCGGGGUUGCACGCCAUCCUGCCGGCGCUGGCGCCGCUGCUCAACAACACACAACACUUCUCGCACUUUCCGGCCAUCGACGCUCUCUACAGCGAAGGCAUCCCGCUCCCUGUUGACAGUGGCGCCUCCCUCAACGUCAUCAACAACGUCAUCCCCCGUGUCGUCCAGAUGAUCGAGGACACCACCGAGCACGUGCUCCGCUUCGAGGUCCCCCAGAUGCUUGAGAGGGACAGGUUCUCUUGGUUCAGAGACGAGGAGUUUGCGAGGCAGACACUUGCAGGGCUCAACCCUCUCUGCAUCCGUCUCCUAACGGAAUUCCCCAUCGUGAGCAAGCUCGACCCGGAGGUGUACGGCCCUCCAGAGUCGGCGCUAACCAAGGAGCUCCUCGAGAAAAUGAUGAACGGUCUGAUGACGGUGGAGGAGGCGCUGGAAAACAAGAGGCUGUUCAUGCUGGACUACCACGACGUGUUCCUGCCAUACGUGCACAAGGUGCGCGAGCUGCCGGACACGACGUUGUAUGGGUCUCGCACCGUCUUCUUCCUCACCGACGAGGGCACACUGAUGCCUCUGGCCAUCGAGCUGGCCCGGCCACAGUCUCCAACGAAGCCGCAGUGGAAGCGCGCCUUCACGAGUGGGUUCGACGCCACAGAAUCAUGGCUGUGGAAGCUUGCCAAGUCGCACGUGCUCACCCACGACACCGGCUACCACCAGCUCGUCAGCCACUGGCUGCGCACGCACGCCUGCGUCGAGCCGUACAUCAUCGCCACCAACCGGCAGCUCAGCCGGAUGCACCCCGUGUACCGCCUCCUGCACCCACACUUCCGCUACACGAUGGAGAUCAACGCGCUGGCCAGGGAGGCUUUGAUCAACGCCGACGGCAUCAUCGAGGAUGCGUUCUGGCCAGGGAGGUACUCCAUCGAGCUCAGCUCCGUCGCCUACGACGCGACCUGGCAGUUCAACACGGAGGCGCUGCCAGAGGACCUCGUCAGCCGGGGACUUGCAGUGCGCAAGGAAGACGGUGAGCUUGAGCUCACCAUCAAGGACUACCCCUACGCCAGCGACGGGCUCCUGAUUUGGAGCUCUAUCAAGCAGUGGGCGUCGGACUACGUAAAUGUCUACUAUAACUCCGACGAGGAAGUCACCGGUGAUGAGGAGCUUCAGGCCUGGUGGGAGGAAGUGCGUACCAAGGGGCACGCAGACAAAAAAGACGAACCGUGGUGGCCGGUGUGCAACUCCAAGAGCAACCUCGUCGAGAUCCUAAGUGUCAUCAUGUGGGUCACAUCCGGCCACCACGCCGCCGUCAACUUUGGGCAAUAUCAUUACGCCGGGUACUUCCCCAACCGUCCAACUGUGGUGCGAAAGAACAUUCCUGUGGAGGAGAACCGGGACGACGAGAUGAAGAAAUUCAUGGCCAGGCCGGAGGAGGUGCUGCUACAGAGUCUUCCCUCGCAAAUACAGGCCAUCACGGUGAUGGCAACGCUGGACAUUCUGUCCUCACACUCGCCCGACGAGGAAUACAUGGGAGAGUACGCUGAGCCUGCGUGGCUGGCCGAGCCCAUGGUGAAGGCGGCAUUCGAGAAGUUCAACGGCAGGCUCAAGGAGGUGGAGGGAACCAUCGACGAGCGAAACAACAACCCCGAUAACAAGAACAGGUGCGGCGCUGGCAUUGUUCCAUAUGAGCUUCUCAAACCAUUCUCAGAGCCAGGGGUCACUGGGAGGGGCAUCCCAAACAGUAUCUCCAUCUGAUCCCGACUUCAGGAUGAGGAGAUAACAUUUUCUUUAUGCAUGUAAGAUGUACGCCGAGAUUAUAUGAAAG